AUGGCCAACCGGCUCUUUUUAGAGCCGUCCACACUUACUAAGAAAGCUGUUCCGCUGCUCGGAUUCGGCCACAUGACAGUGAAUGUAUAUGCACAACAGUUAUUGCUGGCACAGGCGAAUGUGUCUCUCAGCUCGUUGGGUCGCGGCAAGGGCGGGAAGGGGCUGGGCAAGGGCGGCGCCAAGCGCCACCGCAAGGUGCUGCGCGACAACAUCCAGGGCAUCACCAAGCCCGCCAUCCGGCGGCUGGCCCGGCGCGGCGGCGUCAAGCGCAUCUCGGGCCUCAUCUACGAGGAGACCCGCGGGGUGCUCAAGGUGUUCCUGGAGAACGUGAUCCGGGACGCCGUCACCUACACGGAGCACGCCAAGCGCAAGACGGUCACGGCCAUGGACGUGGUCUACGCGCUCAAGCGCCAGGGCCGCACCCUCUACGGCUUCGGCGGCUGAGCUCCGGACCGUUGUCCUCCCUA